AAAAACAAAGAUGCACCGAGCUGCCCGAGUUUGUUUAGAAGUGAGCAUUACUAGGCGCCGAGACAACUCUCUGGAUGAGAAAUUUCAAAUUCAUGCAUGGACUUAACGGAUCGGAGUUGGCGGCAGACAGCCAGGACUCAUGCUAAUAUUUUUCAUUCUUUUUAGUAGUUCAGUCAAAAGAUUUUUAUUUUGUAUUUGAAAGAGUGUUUUUGCGGCUGCAUAUUUUUAACUGUUGUGUUGUUCUGGGGCAUCGAAAAGAAUUACGUACAAGUUGGCAACAUGGAAGAAAACAGAAAUCCUCUUCUCUGUAUAUCCCAGACUACUAAAGUGAGCUCAGCUAUAGCAUGGCUGUUCAGAACGAUAAUGUGUGCUCUGCCAGUGGCUCAGAUCACCAUAGGUUCAAUCUACUUGAAUUCCUGCCCUGUCCAGCAUUAUAUCCCCAUCUAUUUGAUUGUGUCAGGAGUGUUUUGUCUUGUAAUGGACUUCCUGUCUUUCUUCCACUUUGGCAAGGAAGCAGAGGUAUUUGGGUCCAGUGCAAGGGGAGGGUCAACCGUGUGCAAUGGGCUGCUGUCUCUGUUCAUGGUUUGCUGGUUCAUUACAGGUAACGUUUGGAUUUACUCCAUCUACCAGCCGAACUAUGAUGAGCAAAGUGGUGUUCUUUACUGCAACAAGACACUCUACUUAUUUGCAUUUUGGAGUACAAUACUGGUCUGCAUUGGACUUGGUAUACUCCUGCUGGUUUGCUGGUCUUUCUUCUUGUGUGGAUGUGUUAUAGCGGUCAGUAUAGGGGUCUGUUUAGGGUUUUCUCGAACCAAUACAAAUGAUGCAAAUAGGGUGCGGAGCUCAAUUACUCCUUAUCUGUAAGGAGUAUUUGAGUGUGCAAAGAAGAGUUUUUUGUUUUAUUUUAUAUUUCUUUGGUUUAAUAUUAUGGCAGGUUGCCAGUGAGUCAGUAA